GCAACUGCAGCUGUCACAGUCUCACACUGACCAACCGCCGAGGACACUCGGGCCGGCAGCCUCUCCAGCCGGCCUCUACAGCCCGCACACAGAGCGGCGGAGGCGGAAGUGAGGAGACCGGAAGUAGCGUUGUCCUCGGCCCUGGACGGCCUCUCUGUCUCUCAAUCUGGCCUGACCCGGCCACGUCUCGAUGGUGCCGGCGGCACCACCCACGAGGCCCCCCCUUGGCCUCUAUCCCGGAGGCUGGCCCCGCCCCCCCGCGGCGGCCCUAGCAACCACAUCCGGGGCUCUGCCGGUGCGGUUGCCCGGGUAGUUUUCUGACCGCAGCCGAAUUGUAGACUACUUUGCGCGUCUCGAUCGAGGCACCUGCUGGAGCGAGAAGCUUGCAGAAGAGCGCGCCAGCCUGGUGUUGGAUGGUCGGAGGUCUCCAGGAGUCCUCAGCAUCCCUGUUCUCUCACACACCCCUGGCCUCACGUAUUAGGCGUCCCCCCAACAGACGGUGAGCUGGUGCGGGAGGGUGAAGGUGGACGUAGCUCAUGCCCACGCAGACUUCAGGAGAGCCAAAUCUUCUGUCUCAGCCACCGGAGAGCACGAAGAAGGUUAUUCCAGCCCCGCUGGGGGGGAGGGGGUGGAGGAAUGCGGGAUAGGGGAGCAGACAGGAUUCGGGCGCCCCACCCUCGCUUCCUCAGCGCCUGGAGAGCCCCCCCCCCGCCGGUUACGUCACGCACUCGCACCCCCUUCAAGGAGACCAGACCCGCACACCUGGCAUUCUGAAGCUCUUUUACUUGCUCUGCCUUUUUCUGCCCUACUCGCUCUCUCACUGACACUGGAUCUCUGAUACUUUUCAUUCCUGCGCCUCCUUCCUUUCUUUUUACAGAUCACCGAGCUCUGCUUUCCAUGCGGGUCCCGUUACUUCUUACGUAGAUCACUGUCCUGUCUACAAAAACCACUGACCAACCGCUUCUCUCAGAACCUGCUGUAGUUUCCUAAGUCGAGGCCCCAGCUGGUACUUCGAAAACUCUUCCCUCCCCAGCACCGAAUGGAAGGAAAGUAUGGUCCCGCAGUGGUGCUAGACAUACCUGAAGCUGAUUUACAUACAAAACAUCCUUUUGGCCUAUCCGCUUACAUCUCCCUUCCAGCUGCCUUUUGUGACUCCUCUUCCUUUGGCAGUCUUGAAUGUUUGUUUUUACUCCUAUUUCACAGAAAUGUGAAUGGUAACUUAGUGCAUAUGGUGGGAUUUACCCUCUUUAGACAGGAGUUCUCACAUGCCUUUCUUUACCUGACACAUUAGCUCACAAGACAUUUUUUAAUGACUAAACGCCUAAAGACAGAACUCUGCCUCUACACAUUUCCAGGGAAUUCAGCUUCAAUAUAGUUAGUUAAAAGUAUAUCCCUGUACAGAUAUCUAUCCCCUUAUCCAUGAAGAGCAAAUAUCUAUGACAUCAUAAAAUGUUUCAAAAGUAAAUUCUAAGAUCUACCAAGACCUGCAGGAUGAGUGCGAUACCUCCCUUAAAAAAGGAGUACUGAAACCCCCAAACAUAAAUCUGUGUGUCAAGGGCCCUUAUCUUAAAUGGCUCUGUCCUUAACAAAAGAAAACAACAAAUACAUGUGCCAACUCACUCAAAUGGCAACUUCUGCUCUUCAGUUUACUGUGGAUUUUUCUGUUCAAAGCUGUUGUGUUGGUGUUGAAUCAAUCAAUCUUCUUAAUUUUAGGAAAAGGAUUCAAAUCUAGAAUAAUUACUGCUCUUACUGUAUAAGAAUAGAACUCCACAGCUGAGUACGAGUGUUAUCCUUAGGGUUUCGGAAGGCAAGCAGUAAGAGUUGGCUAGUGAGAGGUGACACAAUGCUCAGCGGUGCUUGAAUGAUGUGAACAAUGAGUAUUUAACUGUUUGACCUGCCUGGUGCCUUGAGGAUUCCUGUUAGCUGUCCCUGGGUUUUGGGAAGUUUAGCUUCACUUAAGUUUCUCGGUUAAGCCUGUUAGAUGCAGAAGUGUUUCUUCUAUUAUUAGAAAGGUAGAUAGUUGCUUUAGAUAUUCAUCCCUAGCUGAAUAGUUUCCUUGGCAGCUAUAACUGCUGAUAGAUUUGAUAGAGGAUUCUGAUGGACUUGGAACCACUUGGAGCUUAUGCUAACUUUGGCUUGGUGAAAAUGCUACUAAUCCUGUGAGGUACUCUUUCAGUCCAGUGCUGCUGUGGUACUGUGCAUCAUCAUCUUCAUACAUGGUAGACUGUGCAAGGCUACACAGAAUUAAUCUCAUGAUUUCUACUGCCCCAAGGGAAAUUAGAAUGCAGACUAGUUGGAAGAACACCCUGACAGCUACUUCAGAUGGUGCUGAUGGAAAAUAAUGAAAGCCUGUGCAUCCUUUGGGUUAAAGGAAGCAGCAGCUAGUGUUCUUUGGAUCUGGGGAAAAAUUUUCACAUUAGCAGAAAGACCUGAUUUUAAACCUAAUCCUAAUUAGCAGGACACUUUAUUUCUUUUCCAUUUUCUUUCUUGCCUUCUCCCCCCCUACCCCUUUGCCCUAGAGCUUGGGGAAUUCUGCCUGCCCAUUCUUUUUAGGAAGAAUGAAAGAUUACUCCUUCCCUCACAGUUGGCAUUUAUGUUCGAGGAAGUGAGAAGAAAGGGAAUAGCCACCUGCCAUACAUGCUGGUGACGUUGGGGAUUAUCUAUUAAUUCCCCUUUUCAUGGAUAUUGGCUAUUUACUCAGCUUUCAAAAAACCAGGUACUGUUUAUUCACUCGGCUAGUAGCUGUUUUGUUAUUUAGUGACCAGGAGGGAAAGGCAGCAACAAGUUAAAGGAUAUUGUUUUUAUUCCUUUUUGGAUGGAUUAGAUGUCCACGUGGCUUUAGGUAUUGAACAUUAUAUGUGUUUAUCAAUGAUGUUUUCUGAAGCGAAAGGAAAAUGUACUACUACUUUCAUAUCUUCUCUGAGGGGAUUCUCGUGAUGCCUCAAAAAUUUCAUCACUCUUUAUUGGCAACUCCCUUUUCAUGGAGAGAUAUUUACGUUACUGAUUGCACAGUGUAAUCCUCUGGAAACAAACCUUUUAUUAGAGGAUGCUGAUUAACGCAAGAUUUGAAGAAGCCCAGGAAAAGUUAGGUACAAAAUCGAUGUGUAAGGACUUUUUACAUUAAAAAAAAAAAAUUAUAGUAGAUGCGUGGGCAGCCUCAUUCAGUUAUGCAUAGACUAUAUUUGCAUCAAAAAAAAAAAAAACCCUGGAGCCCUGGUGGUGCAGUGGUUAAGAGCUACAGCUGCUAACCAAAAGGUCGGUAGUUCACAUCUACCAGCUGCUCCUUGGAAACCUUAUUGGGCAGUUCUACCCUGUACUACAAGGUUGCUGGGAGACAGAAUAGACACGACGGCAACAGGUUUGUUUUUUUUGUUUGUUUUACACUUGCGUGCUUGAUGAACUGUGUCAUUAGACUGUGAGUUUCACUUAUUUCUAAAUGCAGUAGAAUUCUCUUAUGCAUUUAUUAUGGUAACUGGGGAAAGCUGCUCACAUGACCUUGUUACUCCCCCACACAAAAACCUUGAGUGGCGUUUGUGGCCUACUGAAUGAAGUCCAAUUUCUUUUCCUGGCAUUCAAAGUUCACCAAGGUCUUGCCCCAGUCUCCUUUCUGGUGUAUAGUCAACUAAAUAAACAGUCUUCCUUUCUCUGUGUACGUAUAUGUAUGUGUGUAGCUUAAAUUACACAGAGCUGCUUAAUAUGCUCAAAAAAAAAAAAAAUAUGCUUCAAACUGACCUGUAAUUUCCCGCCUUCGUGUUAUUACUCUCUGUUCCUAUCAGCUGAAAUGUUUUCCUAUGCUCCUUAUCUAUAAAUAGCUACCCACCCUUUGGGUUAGCUCAGAUGCUACUUUCUUCAUGAACUCAUCCUUUAUCCUCCCUGUGAGAAUUAAUUUUUACCUCCUCUUUGAUCCCAUAGCACUUGAUUUGAGCCUCCAUUUUAGUCUGCCUUAUACGACUGUGUGUGCAUAUCAGUUUCCCAUGAUAAAUAAGAUUCUUGCGGGAAGGGUGCUGAACUUUGGACUUAUUUAUUCAUAGCACCAGGAAACUGUCUAACUUUGCUUAAGUUAUAGAAAUAUAUUGUCUACUGCACACCAGGCAAACUCCAGAAUACCAAGAACUGCUGAUACUUAGGGUAACAGUACCAGGCAGGAUUAAGUAGACGUAGUUAUUUCUGUCUGUCUGUGGAAGAUAAUGCGUGAAUGUUUUCUUAAGUUCAGAAAGUGGCUGAUUCCCUGCAGGGGGCUGUUAACCACUGAUAAAAGGAGAACAACUUAUUACCACCCCCCAGAUAUUCUGAAUGGGAAAAAUAAUUUUUUUAUAUUCUUUGAUAUGAUAUUCUGAAUGAUUUUUACAACCUGGUACGAAAGUAGAACAUGAGAGUUCUAGAAGUUGAAUUUAUUAUGCAUAAUUCCAUUACCUAGAGGAAACACUCAACAUUUGGUCAAUGUAUUUUUUUCAAUGCAUAGAUAUAGAUUUCAUUAACUGAUUUAACAAGUUCUUGUUGAGAACGUACUGUUUGCUGGGCAGUAAGCACUGUAGGGAGCCCAGAUGGCAUAGUGGUUAAGAGCUUGGCUACUAUCCAAAAGGUCAGCAGUUCAAAUCCACCAGCUGCUCCUUGGAAACCCUAUGAGGCAGUUGUACUCUGUCUUAUAGGGUCACUAUGAGUUGGAAUUGCUAUGAGUCAGAAUCAACUCGACAGCAGUGGGUAUGGUUUUUGGUGUGAAAGUACUGUGGGAAUAGCCAGGAACAGUGCAGACAUGGCCUCUUUUCUCUCAGAGCUGACAAUAUAUGUUGUAUUUGUUGGCAUACCAUUUUGUAUUUUGCUUUUUUCACUUAAUAUAUCAUGGAAUUUUCCUCAUAUUGGUAAAUAUUCUUCUGUAAUGGCUCAGUAGUAUUUUGGAAUAUAAUAUAUAAAAAAAAUAUAGAUAUCACUUAAUUUAUUUAACCAAUUCUUUUAUGUUAUACAUUUAGGAUUUAGGUUACUUCAAGUUUUGUCUAUGGUAAACAACAGUGCAAGCUCUUGUGUGGUAGACUGAAUUCUAAAAUGACCUCAAUGACCAUCACCUUGUUAUAAUUCUCUCCCCUGAAAAUAUGUGGAAUAUCACUUCCAUGGGUAUGUUACAUGCCAAAGGGGUUUUGCAGAUAUAAUUAAGUUCACUAAUUAGUUGACUUUGAGUUAAACGAAAGGGAGAUUAUCUGGUGGGCCCAGCCUAAUCACACGAGUCCUUUAAGAGCAGAGAGCUUUCUCCUGCUGGUGGCAGCAGAGGAAGUCAGAGAGAUUCGAAGGUUCUCCGUUGCUGAAAUGAUGGGGUUCACGGGGCAAGGACCGGAGGGUGGCCUCUAGGAGCUGAGAAUGAUCCCCAGCUGACAUCCAGCAAAUAAACUGGGACCUCAGUCCUACAACGGCAAGGAACUGAAUUCUGCAGACAACCCAGAUGAGCUUGGAAGUGGAUUUUUCCCCAGAGCCUCCACAUAAGAGCCCAGCCCAGUCUUGAUUUUGGCCUUGUGAGACCCUAAGCAGAGGACCCAGUAGGGUCUUUCUGGACUUCUAACCUACAGAACUAUGAGAUGAUAAAUGAGCAUUGUUUUAAGCUGUAGUACAGCCAGAGUGCUCCUCAGAAGCAAGAAUGGCAAGACUAUGUCUCACAAACUUUGGACAUAUUAUCAGGAGGGACCAGUCCCUGGAGGACAUCAUGCUUAGUAAGGUAGAGGGUCAGCGAAAGAGAGGAAAACUCCCAAUGAGAUGGAUUGACACAGUGUCUACAACAGCGGACUAAAACAUAGCAACAAUUGUAAGGAUGGUGCGGGACUCAGCAAUGUUUCGUUGUGUUGUACAUAAAAAAAAUUUUUUUUUUUUUAGGUCACUAUAAAUCAGAAACAGCUCAACAGCUUCUAACAACAAGUGUGUAAUAAUUUGUUACACAGCGAUACAGAAUUAAUAUACUUGUAAGCUAAACUAGUUUUACAUCAAUAUUCUUUCAGGAUAAAAUCUUAGAUAUAGACUUGCUGGAUAAAAAAUUAUACACAUUUUUAAGGUUUUUGUACCAUUUUGUUAAUUUGCCCCCACCUAGAAGCUUCGUACCAAUUUGUGUGCCAACUAACAAUCUGUGUUACUGUACCCUGGCAAACAUAGAUUCUGUAUGUCCCCCUUUUGGGCCAUUCUGGGAAAAAAAAAAAAGGAUCUCCCUUUUUAAAAGAAGAUUUACAUUUCUCUUAUUACUAGUAGGGUUGACCAUUGCUUUCUUUAUUUGGGGUUGAAUUGGUAAGUCUUCUGGUGAAUCAUCUAUUUUUAUUAUUUGGCUGGCUUUACUGUUAACCUAAGAGAAGAUAUUCUCUGACACGUAGUACAGCUUUUCUCUGCUGUAAUGUUUUAAAGGAAUAGAAUGGUGAAUGAGCUUAAUAGAAAGAAUGAAUACUUCUGAAAAUUACUAGCUGCUACCAUUACUCCUUGGGGGGCUGGAGGGGGACCCCCAGACAUUACCCCCUGGAGUAUGGAGAAUAUUAGCUUCAUUAUUUACAUGGUAUUAGUACCUUAUUUUUUUCUAAGGAAAAAGUCUAACUUGUCUGGUCUUGCAUUAGAAGUGUUAUUAUUUCAGGAGUAAAGAUACAUUGGAUCUUUUCACAGAAAAUUGUAGCUUACUGUUUUAGAAAGAAAUACAUAUUGUUAUCACUCAGGGGAUAAAUAAAGAUAUCACUAUUUUUAAUUUGAUCAAGAUAAUCAGUAAUCUUUGAUUAUGAAUAUUAAAUUACCUUAAUUGGGAUGAGGCAGGGGAGGAAAUUCAAGUUAACUUUUUCUGUAAUUCUUUUCAUUUGAGAUGAUGGAAUUUAUUUUUGACAAAUAAAAUUCGAUUGAAGGAAGAUAAGGAGAGAGGAAAGGAGGGAAAAGGGAAAGAAGAAGUUGAGUAGAUUGCCUUUUCCUCUUGGAGAUAGUUUUGGUUGGUUUUGUCUUUUCUUGAAAAAAUGAUUCUUAUUAACUCUUAAUUUCUGAAGGUUGAUUUCUUCCUAAUAAGAACAAGAUUUUAGAGUUUUUUUAUUUUGAAAAAAGGCCCAGAUUUAUAGGAAAUCACAAGAAAAAAUGUACAGGGAGGUCCCUUGUAUGAGCAAGAUUUUUUUUUUUUUUUUGGUCGUUGAAUUGCUAAAUCUUGCUUAGAAGGGUCAGAUCUCCUGAACAGUUGUAUGUGGCUGCAGUUUGUGGUCACAGAAUUCAUAAUGGUCUGUUCUGCAGUAGAGACCUGAAGUUGCUUUCUUUUUCAUUUCUUUUUUUGUUGUUGGUAACGUUUGGAAUGGCAUUGAAAGUGCCGACUCAGCUUAUUGCUGGGACAUAGAAAGUGUAACUGUGGUCAGAGGAGGCCCUGCCAGUGCGACUCAGGGACAUGGUAAUAGAGUGAAAAGAACGGUAGACUUGACAUUAGAACGCCUGAGUCCCAGAUUGCACUCUGCCACACCAUAACUGUGUGACCACUGAGAUCCAGUCUUACCUACCUCCUUGGUUUGUUUGGAAUACUGGUAGUAAAGCAGUUUGCACACUAAAGCCCUGGGCCAUCAUUAUUAUUACUAAGGUCUUCUUUGCGACAACAGCAACAAAAAACCCCUUACUUGUAGUAAUUCUUAUGAUAAAAAUUACUGCUUUGAGUUGGACAAAAAAGGCAGAGGACUUUUGUCCAAAAGCCCCCCCUUACCGUGUCCAUGUCAUCUGGGAAAUGUGGGAGGACAGAGGGAAGAACUUAAGGAAUGGAGUGCCCCACUACCUCACUAGCAACACCACCAGCUCAUCCAGUUAGCCUGUUGUUAUCUCACCCAUUGGGGCACUGUGACUGUCUCACAGGACUAUUUUGCUUAAGAAGAGCCCUCUUUUCAAUAUAUAUUUAAGAUGGGAUUUUUGCCUCUAUUGCAAGUGGGAUUUAAUCAAACCCCUUAAUUGUAAAUUCACACAGCCAAAGAUAAUAACAAUGAGAUCAUCAACAUGUAUCUAUUGAACACUUUAGUGAAGUGUUGAGUCCUGUGUUGAGGCAGUGGGGGUUCACUGGUAGAAUUCACAUGUGUAGCCACCACCUGCCUGUCAGUGGAAGCUUGUGUGUUGCUAUGAUGCUGAACAGGUUUCAGUGGUGCUUCCAGACUAAGAUGGACUAGGCAGAAAGGCCUGGUGAUUUACCUCUGAAAAUCGGCCAAUGGAAACCCCAUGGUUUACAAUGGUCCAACCUGCAACUGAUCAUGGAGACGGUGUAAGACCAGCCAGCAUUUUAGUCAGUUGUGCACGGGGUCAUCCAUGAGCCGGCGUGACUUGCUGGUGGGUAACAGUAACAAAUACUGUGCCAAGUACUUUACACUCACGUCGUUGGAUCUCACUGAAUGUGAAACAACCCUAUGAGGUAGGUGAUACCCUCAUUUUAUGAUAAGGAAACUGAGGCUUCCAAUGGUUAAGUGAACUGCCCAGAGUCACAUACGUACUAAAUGGUCUCGAUUCCGGUCUGUCUAGUGCCAAAGCUUGUAUUUCACGCUGUGGUAGAGCCUUUAUGUUAAUAAGAAAGUAGAGGCCCUGAGAGGUUAGGACCUGUGGUUAUUCUCCUUCUCACUCUUAGUCUAGGUCUUUUUCUGUAUUAUAUUCUCAUUACAAUUUGUCUAUUCUGUACAUUUUAUGAAGUAUUCCUGGCCUUCGUGCAUGUGGCUGAUGUGUCAAAUGAUAGCAAAAGUUACUGGUUUUUUUAAGCAUUUGAUAAAAUGAGGUCUAGAGUUUUUUAAUGGAAUUAUCAAUUACUUGAUUGGAUUUUUUUAGUGAAGCAUUUUCUCCCAGACGCCUACAAAGGAGACACUGUCUCCCAUGUGGUAUUAAAAGUUGGACCUUGUGACUACUGACUGUUUUUCUUUUAGAGAAGCCAGAGGGGGCAGUCUGUGACUUCAUGUAAAAAAUAGCCACCAAGGAUCUAUCCAGCAUCAUUUUUAGUUCUUUAAUUUUGGUAAGCCCAUAUUUUCAAAACAGAUUAAAUUUGUCUGAUUUAUUUCAGAAGUAUAUAUUACAAAGCAUUCAAAGGCAAGUGAGAAUUCAAAUGCACACAGCAGAGCUAGAGAGCUUUUUACAGAGAGGCACUUCAGGAGAGACAGAAGAUACAUCCUAAAAUCCUUGGAGAAUUUUACCAUUUUCUUCCUCACCCUGAAGAGAUUUGGAAAUUAGUAGGUAACGUUUUGCAUGAAAAUUACUAAACAAUUUUUUCUUAUCUCUGAGUCCUUCUGUGGAGAAUUAAUAGGAGGUCGAAUGUGUACAUGGAUAAAAUGGAUUAUCUUAAAGGACUGAAGUUCCAAAAAUAUAUCGGCAAGACUGGACAUGCUUGAUAUAAUGAGAUUUCUAUUUAAGCCUGACUUCUGGAACUUUGAGUAAACUAAACUGAGCUACACAAGCUCUGGGAAGGACGUUUCUCUUCCAAAAUGUUCUGACUGCAUAUAGUAUUUUUCUUAGUCAAGUCUUUUGAAAAAGUGUAUUUAGUCAUCAAUUUCCUAAAGAGCAAAACUGUUAGACACUUAACAACUUUUAACAUAUGAAGUGGAAUAGAAAGCAGCAAUCUGAAUCCUACUGGAAAAUAAAUUAAAGAACCAGACACCAGGAAGUAAGAGGAGAAAUCUCUGCAUAAGCACUGGUAGAGAUGGCAGAAGCUCCCGCGGAUGCCUCAACUGUGGCUGCAACAACCAAGAAAAAGAAAAGUCUAUCCAUCGAGGAAAAGAUUGACAUCAUAAAUGCGGUGGAAAGUGGCAAGAAAAAAGCAGAGAUUGCAGCUGAGUAUGGAAUAAAGAAAAAUUCAUUGUCUUCUAUUAUGAAGAAUAAAGACAAAGUUCUAGAAGCUUUUGAAUCUCUGAGAUUUGAUCCAAAGAGAAAAAGACUGAGAACUGCUUUUUAUACAGAUCUGGAAGAAGCAUUAAUGAGGUGGUAUCGAAUUGCGCAAUGCCUAAAUGUACCAGUUAAUGGUCCAAUGUUGCGUCUAAAAGCUAAUGAUUUUGCCCAGAAACUGGGACACAGUGAUUUUAAGUGCAGCAAUGGUUGGCUGGAUCGCUUUAAAUCCAGGUAUGGUUUAGUAUUCAGAGCUCAACCUGUAGAAGCUACAGCUACACCUGUAGACCCUUCAACUGUCUGGUGUCAAAAUGUACUUCCUUAUUAUUUAAAUGAUUAUCAUCCUAAAAAUAUCUUUAAUAUAAAAGAGACUGGGUUGUUUUAUCGAAUGUUACCUACGAAUACGUUUGCAUUUAAAGGAGAAACAUGCUCAAUUGGAAAAUUAUGCAAAGACAGAAUAACUCUGGUGGUUGGGACAAACAUGGAUGGCUCAGAGAAACUUCCUUUGCUUGUCAUUGGGAAAAACAGAAAUCCACAUUGUUUCAAAGGCAUGAAAUCAUUGCCUGUGUAUUACGAAGCUAACAGAAAGGCAUGGAUGACCUCAGAAGUAUUCGAACAAUGGAUGCGGAAGCUUGAUGAAAAAUUUCAAGCUCAACAAAGAAGAGUGGUAAUUUUUGUUGAUUCUUUUCCUGCACAUCCAGAGGUAAAAGACCUAAAAUCCAUCGAGUUAGCAUUCUUUCCAUCAUGUUUAUCUUCCAAAUUUAUAGCGAUGAAACAAGGUGUUAUUAAAAGCCUUAAGAUCAAAUAUCGACAUUGUCUUAUCAAGAAAUUUUUAAGGUCUGUUGAAGACAGCAAAGAAUUUAUGUUUUCCCUACUAGAUGCAGUUGAUACAUUGCACCUCUGUUGGAGGACUGUAACCCCAGAGACUAUUAUUAAGAGCUAUGAAGAGGCAGGAUUCAAAUCCCAAAAGGGAGAAGGUGACACAUCAAAUGCAGAGACAGACAGUGGUCUUGAUUUGGUUGCCCAUGCUCUGGCGGCAGGGGUGGAGUUUCCUGAAGGUUUAUCUCUGGAGGAGUAUGCUGCCCUGGAUGAUGAUGUGGAGACGUGUGAAGCUGCAGCAAAUGACGAGUCAGUAGGCACAGAAGACAGUAAAUCGGACGAAACCGGAUUUUGUACUUCUGACGAAGAGGAUGACAGUGGAUCUGCAGGAACUGAACUCCCGUUGCCUUCAAAAAAUGAGGCACUAACUGCUUUAGAUACCCUGAAAAAAUUUCUCAGGAGUGAAGAUAUGAAUGAUCUGCUUCAUGAUUCUUUAGCAGACCUUGAGAAUUUUAUUAACUCUUUAUCAUCUAAAUAAUUAUUUAGUGAACAACAUCUGAAGUGUACUAGGUCUUCCUGAUGUGUUUUAUUCUAUAAGGUAUGUAAAGGGAAAAUACCACUUAAACAUAAAAAAUGAAAAACUUGUAGUCUUUGGUCUCAUUGCAAAAGUUUUUGGUCUGAAUAACAAAGCUCCCUAGGUAGUUUUUUUUUUUUUUUUUUCUGGGUAGAUUAAAUUAAAUAAUGAUUAAGUAAAUGAAAAAGUAUUAAUUUCUGUUUAGCUAACUUUUGGGGAGUGAAAAAAUAUAUUUCAGAGGCCUUGUACUUGAAACAUAGGGGUUAUAUGUAAAAAAUAAAAAGAAUUCCCCAAAUAUUUGAUUCAUACAGAUCUAAUUGGUGAUUGCUCUUUUCUAUUGUUUUCUUAAAUUCAGAUCAUGUUCUAGAAUAUUUUAAUUUAUCUACCUGGGCUAAGAAACAAAACAUCUAUAUAUAGCUUAAAUGUUUAUAAAGACAUAUCUAUGCCAGGUAGAUUCUAACUAGACUCUCAAGUAUCAAGUAUUAAUAAAGUAAUUUUAAAUUAUUUGUUUUCAUAGCUAGCUCAUCUUCCUAAUAAGAAAUUAUCAAAACCUACUGAAAAUAAAAUCUGGCCUAACAAUAUACCAAAAUGAUAAAAAUAUGUCUCACUGCUUUAAAGUUGUUUCUUUGUAAGGUUAAAUGGAAGACCAUAACCGUAUCUUUUUUUUUUUUGUCAUAAGAAUGUAUGGAUUCUUCCUAAGUAUUUUUUUUGUGUCUAUGUGUGUGUUUAAUAGAAAAAUACAUUACUAAAAUACUUAUUAAAUGCUUAUGAUAUUUAUAUUUUAAUAAGAUUACUCUUUAAAGGUAAAUAUAAAAUACAUAUGCAAUUAUUAAAAUUAAACAUCUUAAGUGGUCCUUAGAUAUUUUCUAAUUUUACCAGCUUAAGCUUUUAAUCUACAAAGUUUAUUUUCUUGAUUUUACUGAA